AACACUGCGGCCCAGCUGAUGAGGGCAACAUGGCGGUGACAUACGAAAGGGGUUUGACGCAAUAGCCAUGGCGGGCCGGCUGUGGCUCGUCCCGGCGGCCAUGGCGCUGCUCCUGCCCUCCAGCUGUUGGGGAGAGACUAGUGCACCGCCGCCCACCACCUCCAGGACAGCCUCUGUGUCAGCGUCAACCCGUAGUAGUGAACACCCCCCCGCCAAGAAGCUUCUCUGCCUCUACAGCCUUCCCUGUCCUGGCCUGCACGCUAGACCCUCCGCCCUCCUCCCCCCCUCAGCCCUUGACUCCUCCCUCUGUACCCACAUUGUCAUCUCCUCCGCUCUCCUACACAACACCACCAUUGUGCCAUGCUCUCCGGGGGACACAGAGGUGUACAAGAAAGUGGUUGCUCUGAAGAAGAAGAACCCAAGCCUGCAGGUCAUGGUGAGGGUAGAGGGAAACUGGACCGCCCUGACCCGUGACCGCCUGGCUGUUGCUGUGUUUGCUUACAAUGCCCAACAGUUCCUGCAGAAGAUGGGUUUGGGGGGCCUUGAGUUGUCCUGGCAGCCUCCUGCAUUGCCUCCCUGGGGAAAAAGCACUGCCCACCAGCUGUCCCUCCUCCUUCUUCAGCUCAAUAAUGCCAUCAAGCUCGCCUCCCACCCUCCCCUCCUAUUCUCAAUGGUCGUGUCGGCCUCACAGAAGGUGAUUGACUCAGUGUACGACAUGAAGGUGCUGAACCAAACUGUUGAUUUUGUUAGUGUAGCCACCUAUGACUUUCACAUUUAUGAGUCCUACUUGCCCUUCACGGGUCACGGGGCUCCUCUGCAAGCACGGGAGGCAGAGAAAGGAUACUGGGCCACCCUCAACACUCGCUGGGCAGCUAAGUAUUGGUUGAGCAAGGGACUGCCACGGGAGAAGCUGGUUGUCACCAUCCCCUCCUUUGCUAACACUUGGACGCUGCUCUCUUCAGGGUGGAAUAAGGUUGGCGCACCAGCUGUGGGGUUGGGAAUAAUGCAAGGGCACAUGACCUACCCCAAGGUGUGUGGGUUUUUACAAGGCUCUGGACAGCGCUGGGAUAAAGCCAGCCGGGUGCCAUAUGCCUGGAGAAGCCGGGAGUGGGUGUCCUAUGAAAAUGAAGCCAGUGUGAAGGAAAAGGCCGAGCUGGUGAUUGCCGAGCACAUUGGUGGAGUGUCUCUACUGGACCUCAAUUCAGAUGACUGGGCUGGCCAGUGCCCUGGGGCCACCACCUUCCCACUGUUGAGGGCUGUGAAGGAGGUGCUUAGUAGGCCUGGGGUCUGAAUGUGUGAGUUUAUAUUUUGUAAUUUUUGUCAUUGGAGACCACCUGCAUUUAGCACAUCUAUUGUAUCAAGUAUCAUUCUUUUGAGUAACUUAUCUGGAAUUUGAGGUGUUUGAUGUGAUGAUUGUGCAGGCCACUGUGGCGCACCACUUGCCACGUCUCACAUUUUAUACCCCCACAUGUGGCUUUCAAGAGUAAAAUUAUGUUCCUCAGUCUUAACUGUCAGGUUACUUGAAAUAACUCCAUCAUAAACAUUAAGAUUGUAAUUGUUGUAAGUAGUAUACACAUUAGCUCUGCAACUUCAAGGUCCAAUAUUUUGUGUACAAUGAAACCAAAAAUCUUCAUGCUUAGGUCAGAAAGAUAAUGAUGAAAACUCAUUACAAAACAUUUUCUAUAAAAAUAUUUUGUAAAUUCAUUACAAUACAUUUUGCCAUGCAAGGAAGAAGGAUGGUAGGGCCUGGAAUGAAAGUCAGAGGCAGUGGAAAUGAGUUAUUUGAGGAGUGCAUGUGGUGUGAAUAGAAUGGAUGGAAUGAGUAAUGAGUGUGUAUGAGCGUUUUGGAAUGCGUCACGUGGGUGAAGGGAAGAAGUGAAGCGACAGACUUUUAAGUGUAAAUGGAGCAAAUGGUGGAGAGUAAGAUGACCAGGUGGGUGUAUGUGAGUGAGGGAAUGCUAGAGGACGACCUCCAGUGAAAUGGAGAAAUAGGGUGCAGGAGUACGUUAGGGAGAGGGGUGCAAGAUCCUUGAGAAACUUUGAACAGGCAAGGAGGGAGUGUAUGAAUAGAGAGAUGGAAACUCUUCUGCCAUGGCCAACCUCUAGUGGGAGCUCCUAGGAGCGAUGAAAUGAUGAUGAAUAUUUUUGAGUUUAUUUCCAUGGCAUAAUGCAUAAUUUUAUUUUAAAUGUUAGUUUCCUUGAAUGAGAAGAUAUGGGUAACAAGUCAUUAAUUAUAACAUAAUUCUCUCUAAUUGCCAAAGUAUUAGUCUUGAAUCAGGUUGAUGCCUGUGUAGUGCAGCCAAAGAUAAUCACCAUGUCAAGCCAUCAGUUAAAUGGUUACUUUCCCUCUAAACCAGCUAAGCUAUAUGACAACUGCAUAACAUAAGAGUAACAUAAAAUAUCACAGAUUAUUUUGGAAUGCUGCAAAGCCAAGCCAGUGAGUAGGAUUUGCAUAUAGUGUUCACGGCAAUGU